AUGGCUGGCUUCGAAGUGGUCACGGUGGCUUCGGACGAUAAGGGCAAUAUGGAUUUGGAAGCCCUCCAUGAGUUGGCGGGGGCUGACCUAGCGGGCGUGAUGAUAACCCAGUCCAGUACGUUGGGUCUGUUCGACACCGGUAUCGUGGAUAUGUGCCGGGUGGUGCACGAAGCGGGCGGGUUGGUUUAUGGCGACGGCGCUAACAUGAACGCCUUGCUGGGCCGGGUGAAGCUGGGUGACUUGGGGUUCGACAUUAUUCACCUCAACCUGCACAAGACUUUCAGCACCCCUCACGGAGGAGGAGGCCCCGGAGCUGGACCGGUUUGCGUUGGCGAUACCCUGCUUCCUUACCUCCCCGCGCCCGUGGUGACACAGGCUGGAGAGAACGGCGGGAUCACUUACAAUCUCCAUUACCCUGAGCGCACCAUUGGCAAAACGAGCGGGUUCCACGGCAACUUCGGCGUUCUGGUCAGAGCUUACACCUAUACGAUUACGCUGGGAGCAGCAGGGCUGAAGGCCAUCAGCGGCAAUGCAGUGUUGAAUGCCAAUUACUUGAUGCAGGCACACACCAUCAGACUGAAAGACUUCUCGCUACUUGCCUUCGACCGGGUGUGUUAUGCACAGCGUCUUCGUCUUCUCUGCCGACUUGCAGAGGGCCCGCGGCGCCAGUGGACUGGAGAUUGCCAAGCGGCUGUUGGACUACGGGUUCCACGCGCCCACGAUGUACUUCCGCUUAUCGUCCACGAAGCCCUGAUGAUCGAGCCGACGGAGUCGGAGACCCGCGAGACGUUGGAUGCUUUCAUAGAAGCCAUGCGGGCAAUAGACCGUGAGAUUGGAGAAAACCCCGAACUGGUACGGUCGGCUCCCCACACCCGACUACCCGCCCGUUUUUUAUCGCAGACUAUGGACUAA